GUCGCCUCCCCAGCUCUCCCUUUCUGAAGCAGUCAUGCCAGUGACAAAGAGUACUGAAGGUCCCCAAGGAGCCGGCACCCUCAAACUGGAUAUUGUGCCAUCUUCCCCAAGUGCCAAGCAGCUGCAGGACAAGGACUCCAAUUUUGUGGAUGGAAGUUCUUCAGAGUCACCUGGCUUGGAGAAGACCAAGGGCAUAACAGGGUUCCAGACCUUGGUUCACCUGGUGAAAGGCAACAUGGGGACAGGCAUCCUGGGACUACCACUGGCUGUGAAGAAUGCAGGCAUCCUGAUGGGCCCCCUCAGUUUGCUGGUGAUGGGCUUUAUCGCCUGCCACUGUAUGCACAUCCUGGUCAGGUGUGCCCAGCACUUCUGCCGCAGGCUUAACAAGCCCUUCAUGGACUAUGGGGACACGGUGAUGCAUGGACUAGAAGCCAGCCCCAGUGCCUGGCUCCGUGAUCACUCCCACUGGGGAAGGCAUACUGUGAGCUUCUUCCUUAUUGUCACCCAGCUGGGCUUCUGCUGUGUGUACAUUGUGUUUCUGGCCGAUAAUUUUAAACAGGUAGUGGAAGCUGUUAACAGCACAACCAACAACUGUCAUUACAACGAGACAGUGGUCCUGACGCCCACCAUGGACUCACGGCUCUACAUGCUCUCCUUCCUGCCCUUCCUGGUGCUGCUGGUCCUCAUUCGAAACCUCCGCAUCCUGACCAUCUUCUCCCUGCUGGCCAACAUCUCCAUGCUGGUCAGCCUGGUCAUCCUCACCCAGUUCAUCGCCCAGGAAAUUCCUGACCCCAGUCGGUUGCCACUGGUAGCAAGCUGGAGGACCUACCCUCUCUUCUUUGGAACAGCCAUUUUCUCAUUUGAAAGCAUUGGCGUGGUUCUGCCCCUGGAAAACAAGAUGAAGGAUGCUCGCCAUUUCCCAGCCAUCCUGUCUUUGGGAAUGUGCAUCAUCACCGCACUGUACAUCGGCAUUGCAGCUCUGGGAUACCUGCGUUUUGGAGAUGACAUCAAGGCCAGCAUAACCCUUAACCUGCCCAACUGCUGGCUAUACCAGUCAGUCAAGCUCCUCUACAUCAUCGGCAUCCUGUGCACCUAUGCCCUGCAGUUCUAUGUCCCUGCAGAAAUUGUCAUCCCCUUCGCCACCUCGCAGGUGCCAAAGCGUUGGGCACUGCCUCUGGAUCUGUCUCUCCGCCUUGCCAUGGUCCUCCUGACAGGCAUCCUGGCCAUCCUCAUCCCCCGCCUGGACCUGGUGCUCUCGCUGGUGGGCUCCGUGAGCAGCAGCGCCCUGGCCCUCAUCAUCCCGCCCCUCCUGGAGAUCACCACCUACUACUCAGAGGGCCUGAGCCCCCUCACCAUCGCCAAGGACGCCUUCAUCAGCUUCGUGGGUUUCGUGGGCUUUGUGGCGGGGACCUACCAGGCCCUUGAUGAACUGAUAGUGUCAGGAGAGUCGGUCACCUUUUCCAACUCCACCACUGUUUUUCAGUGAAAACAGCACUUGUCCUU